UAAAAGUGCCGGCAGAGCCGUGUAACCCACACACAACCGUGGCUAGAGAAACAAGCGCUUGGUCUUACAGUCUGCUGCCGUGUAACUGGAUAUUAACCAUGACACUGGAGGAAGUUCGAGGACAGGAGAGCGAAGUCGUAUCUAAUGACAGAAUGCAGUGUGCUGGCAGAGCACUAGAGCAGCUCCUGGUGUCCGCGAAGAAGCAGGACUGUCUGACAGUCGGGGUGUACGAGUCCGCCAAGGUCAUGAAUGUUGACCCAGACAGUGUGGCUUUCUGCGUCCUGGCCACCGACGAGGAGUACGAAUAUGACAUCGCCCUGCAGAUCCACUUCACGUUGAUACAGGCGUUCUGCUUUGACAACGACAUCAACGUGGUGCGGGUGAGCGACGUGAAGCGCCUGGCUGAGAUCGUUGGCAGCGAUGAGUCAGAGGAGCCCAGAGACGCCCACUGUAUCUUGGUUACGAGCCCCAGCGUAGACACACUGAAGGACCCUGCCCUGGAGGAGCUGGCCCUGUUCUGCGAAGAGAGCCGCAGCGGUUACGAGUGGGUACCAGCCAUCACCUUGCCCGAGCGCUGAGCAGGCAUCCAGCUGAGCCCAAGUGGAUGUUUAACCCCUGGGCACGACGUCAUCCUUUUGGAACGGGUGAAAGACAGAAUCUACACCCAACCCCUCCUGGCGAUUUCUAGGAAAUCUUUGGAUUAUCCUGUGGGAGAGAGGAGAUGAAUGGACUGGGCUGUUGGAUUCUUGACGACUCUGGAAGGAAGUGAAGAGGACAGCUCAAACCCACGCCCCACCUGUAAAACCACGGAUGUGGUUAGGGGCAGCUGGGUGGGUCCUGCUAGUGGUUUAUCAACGAUGGAGAACAGUACUUGAAAACUGGAUCGUGUCUCUGUAAGGAGGACUUAAGACUGAGGGUUGGAGACAUGGGUGGUUAAAGGGUGUCAAACGAACUGACAGAAAAAAAGGCUAAACUAUGCUUGCUGCUGAUGAGCUGUGUGGGGGCAAAUAUAUAUUUAUUAAACGUAGACUGUCGACGUUUUGCAAACUGCAUUGGUUACACUAUCCCGGGAGCCUGGAGUAGACUGGGCAGCCAUCUGGAAUGAUGCUUCUGAACAGACAAAGUGGACACGUGCGCAGCCGGGACUCUGCAAGUGUAGCACCGUGUGCUUUCUUUGCAAUAAACAUGUGAAAAUGUA